AUGGUGGAUUCGAUUGUCUUGAUCAGCGUUGUGCUUGUGGUGGCAUUGAGAGUCUUACAAUGGGUGUCGCAUUAUAAGGACUCGGUGGUCGACGCGAUUUGGUCGAAACCAGGAGCUCUGAGACUGCGUGAGCUAAGCAGGAAACUUCAUAGUCUUCAAACGCAACAGAGGACUCUCAGCGCUCAGGAUGAGUACGCGAAAUGGACGAAGCUCAAUCGGCAAAUAGCCCAGCUCGAUAAACAGGUAAAAGAAGCUCAAGAAGAGCUCAAACAGAUGCGCCAGGCUGGAGAAAAAUCGUUAUCUCGGGUGCGUUUGCUGACUCUGACAGCACCGCUACUCUUGUUACGGUUCUGGAAAGGUAAGACUGUCGUUUACAGCGUUCCACAGGGUAUUUUCCCACGUUUGAUUGAGACAGUGUUGUCGCAAGGCUGGGCAGCAUUAGCAAUGGCCCCCGUAAGAUACAUUUGGGCACCAGGUCCUUUGAAACCACUACAGCUGGAGACCCCGGUGUGUUUAGGUAUUUGGAUUUGGGCGCUAACAAGAGUUUUGGACACAGUGGAGUUUGUAGCUAGAAGUUUAGUUGCUUGA